UACAAUUAUAUUCUCCUCCCCCGCCCCCUUCCCUCUUUCUCUAUCUUCGUGUCUGCUGCAACAAGAGUUGGAAGAAUUAGCGACUGAAAGCAAGAGAACUACUGAGCGGCCGAGCCCUUUACCACGCGUCGCUUUAUCUACCAGUCGCUUUCGUUUUCCGUUCUCUGAUUAGAGUCGACAUGAGUCGUCCCACGGAGGAGGAUGCCACUGCCAAGAAUGAAGAAGAGGAAUUCAGCACUGGCCCUCUUUCUGUUUUAAUGAUGAGUGUUAAGAAUAACACACAGGUGCUUAUAAACUGCAGGAACAACAAAAAGCUGCUGGGCCGCGUGAGGGCAUUUGAUCGCCACUGCAACAUGGUGCUGGAAAAUGUUAGAGAGAUGUGGACAGAGGUACCAAAGACUGGGAAAGGCAAGAAGAAGGCCCAUCCAGUCAAUAAAGAUCGAUUCAUUAGCAAGAUGUUCCUCCGAGGAGAUUCUGUAAUAAUUGUCCUUAGGAACCCCAAGUGAGUUGCGGGGAGAGACAGAACAGGAUUUUGGAGCAAUCUUAGUAAAGAAGAGGAGUCAGUUGCCAUAAUCGUAAGCUGCUGGAUUGAUGUAUGAUUUCCAUUGUACUGAAAUCAUGGCUAUAGGGAACUUAUUUCAGUUGUACUUCUGUCAGGGUACUGAAUCUACUGAUGUAAGUUUUGUUUCAUCAAUAGUUGAGUUGAAGUUUGUGGUGUAUUUCUGCGUUGCGUUGGAACUUCAAAAUUAACAGUUCAUUGAGCUCAUCUAAAACUCAUUUCUGAACAUUUGGUGUGUUAGUAAUAGUUAAUUUGGGCGUCAAUAUUGCCACCCAAAUUUUUGAUUUAA